GUGGCUCUUCCUACAUGUUCACCAAUAUCUAUUCUACAACAUGCAAAAAUAUUUAAAAUAUUUAUAAUUUAAAAUAUUUUAACUACAAACAUUGUGGUUCUGGUUCUAUACAUCCGAGACACCAGGAGGCAAUCGUCGAUAUCGAUAAGAGACUUAUUUUUAUACACGCUGCGGCACAGAAGUCGAAUAGCUAUAGUGGCGAAGAAGAACCUGUACUGUAGUCAUAGAUAAAUAAACAUCGUUGCUGUUUAUUUUUGGAAAGGAAUUUCGAGUUUCGCAUCAUAUGUUUUUGUACUUCUGCUGUUUCUGUUUUUCACAGCAUUUGUUUUUGAGGGAAAUUUCGCAGUAAUACUCUUCCAACAUGAGCAAUAUAUACAUCCAAGAGCCACCAACAAAUGGGAAGGUGUUAAUUAAGACUUCAGCAGGUGAUAUUGAUAUAGAACUGUGGUCUAAAGAAGCACCCAAAGCAUGCAGAAACUUCACUCAGUUAUGCAUGGAAGGUUACUACGAUGGGACAAUAUUCCACCGUGUGGUGCCAGAUUUUAUUGUUCAAGGGGGUGAUCCUACUGGCACUGGAACUGGAGGACAAUCUAUCUAUGGUCGGUCUUUUAAGGAUGAGUUUCACUCCAGAUUGCGCUUCAACCGAAGGGGUUUGGUUGCCUUGGCAAAUGCUGGAACAAAUGAUAACGGAAGCCAGUUUUUCUUCACUCUGGGAAGGGCUGAUGAACUCAACAACAAGCACACCAUUUUUGGAAAGGUCACAGGUGACACGGUGUAUAACAUGCUGCGGUUAGCAGAGGUGGAGUGUGACAGUGAUGAGCGGCCGUUGAACCCACACAAAAUCCGAUCUACAGAGGUCCUUCAUUGUCCCUUUGAUGACAUCAUUCCUCGUGAAAUAAAAGUCAGAAAGGAGAAAGUCAAAGAGGAGGGAAAAAAGUCUCAGUCCAAAGCAACAAAGAAUUUUAGCCUGCUAUCAUUUGGUGAGGAGGCAGAAGAGGAAGAGGAAAUGGUCAAUCAAGUUAGCCAGACCAUGAAAGGAAAAAGCAAAAGUAGUCAUGACCUCCUGAAAGACGAUCCCAAGCUGAGCUCUGUGCCUGCUGUGGAGAGCAAAACAAGCCAAGGAGACUUGUUAGAGGGACCCGAUGAACCAGAGGAUAACAGUCAUGGUGGCUUAGAGAAGGCCAAAAUGCGAGAGCUUGUUGCCCAGAAGUUGAAGACAGCAGCACCGGCUGGGGAGAAGGAUGCAGCAGGAGAGCAAGGAGGGAAUCGGAGCAGUCGCAGCGAGGAACUCCGAAAAGAGGUGCGGCAGCUGAAGAAAGAGUUACUGGCCCUCAAGCAGCGGAAGGAAGAGGGCGUGAAACCAGAGCUGGUGGCUGGUGCAGGUGAGAGCAAGCCAGCUAACGAGGCCAUGGCGGAGUACCUCGAGGGCCGCAAGAAGUACGACGAGUUGAGGACACAGAAGCUCAAGAAGGGCUCGAGUCGAGAGGCCCAGACACUAGCACUUCUGGAAAGCUUCAAGACCAAGCUGUCAUCAGCCAUCUCAGAAGCCCCCGACACCCCCGAGAAUGUGGAGGAACUGGACGAGGACGACGAUAAAGGAUGGAUGGCCCACGUUCUGCAGUUUGACGAACAAACCAGAAAGGUGAAGGACGCCAACAUGCAGGAUGAAGACACAUUUGAGAUCUAUGACCCUCGCAACCCCGUCAACAAGCGCAGGCGUGAGGAGAGCAAGAAACUCUUGAAGGAAAAGAAGGUGAGGAGGUGAGAUCAAGACUGGUGCGUCUGCUCCUCCAACCCUGUGCCUCCCUCAGCAGAGCCAGCAGAGCUCCUUGGAGGCAGAGCAAACGGAGGACGCUUGUAGAUGGCCUUUCUUCAGGGAAUAAUGUAUAGUACAACAGAAAUAUCAACCUGAAAUAUCCAGCUAUCAUCGCAACAUGAGAAUUUGAAUCACUAGCAGGGGCAGGGCAGCAGGGGUGAGGCAUUGGAACAGGAGGUUUGUUUUUUUUGUUUUUUUUCGCCUUGUACAUGGUAAUUGUAUUGUGAAGCACUGCAAAAAAUGAUGUUUAAUAACUAUGCCACUGAAAACUGGUUAGUCUAAACUGUCCAAGUAUGAGGUGGUGACGCGGCACAGCUGUUGGUGCGUGGACAUCUGGACAGACUUUAGCAUCUUAGAUGCUGAGUGGCAGGAUGGUGAGAGAUAUAAACCAGUCAAAAGAAUUUAUGGCUGCUCAUAACUGGCAGUGAUUAAGUGAAAAAAAAAUGUAUUAAAGCAGAAUUCUCAAAA